ACUAUACCGCGUUGGGGACCUCUCCUGUUUAUAGUUUAUACAGUCAGCUGUGUACGUUUAGUUUUUAAUGAAUUCAUUCGAUGAUUUUAUUAAAUUGAUAUGAAAAGUUCGAUUAAUGUUGUGUGUGUCUUAUACCAUUAUUUCGUUCAUACCGCCUGUCUAAAUAUAAUAUGUGUACAUGAGAAUAUAAAAUGUUUGGAACUGUAACGUAUAUUCGUAUUAUACAUUGUGUUUGAAAAAUAAGAUUGUUUCCCUAUAAGUAUACGAAAUCGGAAAGUAAUGUUAUUCUUUGCAAACAUCGAUAUCAUGUUUGUUUCCUUUUUAUAUUACUGAAUGUUUUAUAAACCUUUUAUGUGAUAAAAUUUUACAUACAUCAAUGGAGGGCUUAGAAAAAGUGCAAGCAUCAGAAUGGAAGAGGCCUGAUCAAGUAAUGCAGUUGCAUCGUUUGAAAGUGAAGAAACGUGCAUUGCAAGCACGUAUAAAUAAUAUACGUGUUGAUCAAAAUGACUCUACAGUGAAAUCUAACAAAUGUAACAACAGCUUCAGUCAGUUUACAGGCCAGAAACGUAAAAAUCCUUUUGCUAAGGAUGAAAUUUGUAAAAAGUCAAAUAUUACAUCUGUAGAAUUAGAAGCUAGUAACGAUAAUACACUGUUUGAAUUAUUAAACAUUGAACCACCAAAAGCAGACAACGUGGAAAAUUCGAUAUUAGAUGGUUCUUUAACAUUUAGCAAUGCUCUUUCGAAAUUAGAAGUACAUAAGAAUUUUGUAGAAUCUGAGACACCGAAAGGUGAAAAAUAUAUUCCAAUAGAUUGGACUUUAAAAACUAAAAUGAGAUUCAUGUCUCCAAAACCUUUCCCAUGGAAUUGCAAAUUAAAGACAAGUGAAGAAGCUUCUGGUACAACUGGUUUUGUAAGGUGUUUAGAUAUCAGUGAAAAAGAUUCAACUUUAGACACUAGUCCAAAUGCAAGAUUACAUAGAUGUUGCUUAGUGUGGCAACAUCCUUCACUACCAUGGCUAGAAUUAUUUCCUCGCUCUGCUGGCAAAGUGAGUGCUAAUUUAACAAGUAACUUCACAAUAGUAAAUAAUCUACCUGUCAAAGAUGCUCUUUAUAAAGAAUGGAGCGAAAGUUUUAGAUCACUUUUCCAUUUAUUAAGAGCACGGCAGUGUCCAUAUUUUUAUGUUUGUGCAAAUAAUUUCACUGCCUUGUUUCGUGCUGCUGGAAUUUGUGGAAUUUCUGAAGCUCAUGCUUUUUUAACACCUACAACGCGUGGUUUUCGACAAUUUUUAAAACAAGAAGAACUGUUUUUUAUAGAAAUUAAAUAUACAAUGCCAUUGAGGAAAGACUCUAAGAGAUACUCGGAUGGAGCUGAUUCAGGUUGUGUAACAUCAGAUUUAAGCGAGUCCAGUCCUACAGCAGUAUUGAACAACCCAGAGGAACAGAAUUUUGAUGAUGAUGAAGAUGAAACACAAGCUGAAUGGCUGCAGAGUUUAGGAGUAGAGAAUUCUGAAAUUCAGAAAAUUAAUAGUUCACAGGCAAGAAUGACUUUGGAGAAAGAAACUGAAAUAGAUAAUUUGAAGCAUUCCCUCAUUUUCGUGAAAGGAGUGGAAGCACAGGCAUUAUUCAAUUUUCUAAUUAAUUGUAAAUCUGCUAUUACAAUAACUGGUCCUUUAGCAGGAGUGCCUCCAACUCUUUUAGCACCUGUAGCUUUUCAUGGUGCUACAUUAAAAUCUAUAAAGGUUAAAGAAAGUAAAGUACGCAUUGAAAAUGAAAGAUAUUUUUCCUUGGAACUAAAAGGGCCUCUUUUGCCACAUGUGUUACCUUCCCUUUGUUCCUUAAUGAAAUCUAGCCAAUUGGAACAAUACUCUGCAAGUUGUGCACAAUUAAAUGCAACAACUGCCUUCUCAGCAGCUAAACAAGGACUUGAAGAGACGGAAUCAGAAGGUGGGUCAAAAAUGCCGCAAAAUGUUUUUGGCAAAGAAAAUUUGAGUGAUUGUGGAUUCAGUGAUGAAUUAUUACAAUAUUUUUGCAAUCCUGACCCAAGUCACAUUCAACUCGUAGAAAGUAUAAAAUUUUCAAAUAAUUUAUAUACAUGGUCUUGACGAAUGAUUAUAACAAUCAUUAUUAAUUAGUCUUUAAUUAAUUACGUUUAUAAGUUCGUUUGGCAAUAAUUAUAUUUUAUAAACGUAUGUGAAUAGUGUGACGAUAUAAUUUAUAGUAAAAACGAUAACAAUUGCAACAUAGUUCUUAAAAGAUUAACGAUAAUAUAAUUAUAAUUAAUAGAAUAAGUUUAAAAACGAUUAUCGUCGUAACAUAGUAAUAAUUUUCGCUAUUCUUUUAUAAUUGCUACUACUGCCGGUGUCAAAGCUGUUUUAAUCGUUAUAAGUAAUCAUGAAAAUUCAUAAUGUAGGCAGGAGAGUUAGACAUUAUUCGAAUACCUUCCAGAUAUAAGUUUCGAAAAUCCAGUUAUUCUAAAAGUAACGAAUAACAUUUAAUCAGAACAACGGUUUAAAUACUUGAUACUUUUGGAAUAACUUUGUUUCGUUAAAAACUUUUUGAAAUGAUCUCAUUCUUUACGUCUAACGUAUUUUCAUUGAAUAAUAUUUUUUGUUAUUGUCGAAUAUCCAUUACAUCGGAUAUUCGUUAAUUACAAUUAUUUAAAAUUUGUAAUUCAAAUAUUAUUCGAAUAAUGGCCAAUUCUGUAUAAAUAUUUCAGGUUAUAAAAAAAUUUUUGUUCAAUCACUGUAGUAUGUAUCAGGAUCACUUAUACACAAUAUGAAUAGUCUAGUCAUUUUUUCUGAAAUUCUUACAACAGUUCAGUUUGUAACCAGUUUAUAUGCUACAUUAUCAAAUAUUUCAUACCAUUUCAAUAGAUGUUACACACAGUUAUUUUUGAAUGCAAUAACAGUAACAAUUGAAUAUCUAUUGCAAAAAUGU